AUGCGCGUUCGGCUGCGGACGGCGUGUGUUCUUUGCUUGCUCCAGCUGCUGCGUUGCGAGAUACUUCUGGACCGACCAGACUCUCAGUACAAGGGCAAUUCGUCGAAUUGCACGAAGCUCUUCGUCAACAGCCCUCCGUUCGACAGCGGUACAACGGUUCAUGGCAUCAACUCAGGUAUUCAUCCCAGGACCACAGGCUCGAAAGCCGAUAUGCUGACGAUUCGGGCGAUUUAUUACGAGCCACGUCCUGUCGGGCUGAGUCCUGGGCUCAACAAUGAUCUCUACACUUCGACAUUCAACAACAUUCACGAGCGUGAUUUGUACAUCAUGCGGAACAUACUCCACGCGAAUGCUGUCAGACUUGCGCCUUGGGACUCGGAGCAGGACCAUUCGGGUUUCCUGCGCGCCUGCAAGAAGUAUGGAAUGUAUGUUAUUCCAACCUUCGAUCUUUCCUACUUCCUGUCCACUGCAGCCAGGAUGUCAGCCUUCAGCCAGAGGCAGUCGGAGGUGUGGAAGGGCUUCCAGAAGUUCUUGCACCAGGCGCUCCAGGAUGCUGCGGACAUUGAAGAGCUCAUCCUGAUGUGGACUGUCAACUUCGGUCUCAACCUGAACGAAACGACAGAGCAAGGCCCUCGUUCGAUUUCCCUUCUGUCAGAAAUCCGUGAUGAGUACUUCCAGCUGCUGCGGGUCAUCCGCUCGGCCCAGUGGCUCCAGGAGUGCGGUCCGGGAAAGGCCUCCGCCUGCGAUGGCGACCGCUUCAAGCGACCACUAGGUGUGCCCCUGUUGCUGGAUACAAUCUUGCGACAAGACAAUAUUGGAUGGUACCUGGGUUUCUCCGAGACGGUGUGGGGAACAUGGCCCGUUGAUGAGCUUUCACUGCAUAUCGACGAGAAAACCUUCAACCGGCUGCGGCCACGGGGAGCUUUCGAUGCCUGGAUUGUGCAGUCGCAGCCGCCGACGAAUCGGCAAGGGCAGACAGACCUGGCACAACAGCUGAAGUGGUUCAAUGCCACGAUGGCAGAAAGCCACAAUGCUUUUGCUUGGCAUGACCUCGCAACUCAAACUCUACGAAACCCAGCGGGCGACUUGCUGGAGGGCUGUGACCCAGGUAUUGGCUGUACAUAUCCGACACAGAAGCUCGUGAUCGCGCAGUUUGGCUUUGCAGCCGAAGCUCCGAUGUACGGUUCUGUAAACGAGUUGGUCGACCCUGUCCUACAGCAACAGCUCAUGGGUGAGCUUUACAAAGGCCUUUCGAGCCUGGAGAGCUGUGCAGAAGCGGGCGUGACAAUUGAUGAGUGGGUGGAUGACUGGGGAAGGUCCGAGGUCCUCGGUUGCCCGGGCAGCGUCUUUCAGCACCCACACACAGGGCCCUGUGAUGAAGUCCGCCCGGGGCGCACCAUUCAUCAUGAGUGGUUCGGUAUGAAUGGGCAGUACACUUUCCUCAGCUUUCACUGCCUUGACCCGCGCUAUCAUCAAGAGCAUCCAACAAGGAGUUCAGGGGAAAAGGUUGGUGGAAGCGCUUUCCGCUUUGAUGACAUACCGGACGCGGCUUCUGAAAACCAGCUGUGGAACCUUCUGCCGGGCGGCUAUUGCGCCGUCAUGCAUGAACGUCUCUGGCUGCUGGCUCUGAACUUCGCGCUGUUUUUCUGCGGAGCUGCCCUGGAAGUUUUCUACUGGUGCAAGUGCUGCUGCUUCCGCAAGCUUGUCAAACCUCCUAGACACCGCCAUCCUGCUCACGCUCGCGCAGCUGACAGCCAGGUGCUGCUCGAGGCAGAAUCACCUUCCAGGACAGAUGCCAUCGAACUGGGGCGAUUUGAGGAGCCUCCGGCAGACAUGCAGGAUGCCAACAACGUUGUUAAGGCGGAGACACCGCUUCUCCUUCCGGACGAGAUGUCGAAGGGAGCUGCUGAGGUCAUGAUUUGUAUGACCGCCAGUGUGGUACGUGAGGGCAAGGUGCAGUUCACCACCGACACCCUUCGUUUCUUUGCCGAAGCACACGUGAAGACACAGUGCCGGCGCUUGAAGCUACAGGUAGAGGCCGAAGGACAUGCCUUGGAUGCAGAAUUCACCGGGCCCGGACGCUUGUCACGGGAGGAAUGCAUUGGGAAGGCAAUGACGAACAUCCAUGCUCGCGUCUUGGAGGGCUACUUUGUGUGGCUGGAAGCGCAGCGCGAUCUGAGAAACAAAGAGCAGCGGCUGAAAGCCAUGCUUGGCACCGAGCCAUCCAGACCACGGCCUGCGUGGAUGUUGUUCACCGAAGCUGCAGCCCUCCGUGUCAUGGAAAGCUUGUCGGAGCAUGCCCUGCAUUCGCCAGAGUUCAUCUCCAUGAUGUUCCACAGCAUGCGUUGGGCAGAGUCGCUCUCAGACGACAACGCAUUCCUUCCGGACAGUGUGCGCUUCACAGUGGAUUACGAUGCACUUCACUACGGAGUGGAUGCCAUGAGAAAGAACACCAAUCCAUUCAUGGGAGGUGUAAACUUCGACGACAUAAAUGACCUGGGAGAAGCACGGGCUGAAGUCGAUGUUAACACCGUACAAAAAACGUUCCUGGAAUCGACGUCGUGGCGCGUUUUGUACGAUCUCCUUGACAACUUUGGGCCUGUCUUCACCGUGAAGCUUUGGAUUUUCUUCUUGGCCUUUUAUGUACAUCUUGGGUCGCUGCCGGAUCAGAACGACAGCUUUUUCAGUCCCAGAGGCAGCCGGUCCGAUGCCGUGCAGAUCAUGGCCCUCCUGGAUGCCACCCUGCUAGUGCUCGCGGAGCUGGGUUUGCUCUGGCACGGGCUGGCUCAGCGGCGCCUCUGCCGGAGCCCGGGCCGCUUCUCCUCACAGGUGAAGCGCACGCACCGGCGCUGGGCGCGGAGGCGGCUGCUGUCGGUGAUGCUCGGAUGUGGGAGUCUUGGGGCCAUGGUGGUUGUUGGCAAAGUGGGCCGAAACCUCUGCAAUCUGACUCCAGAGGAGUCCUUCGAAAAGGAGAAAGAUUGCUCAGACGAGUUUGCCGUGCUGUGUUUGCGGCGGACGCUGAGCGUGCACCGUGCGAUCAGCCUUCGGCUGUUGAACUCAGGUUGUGCUUAUGCAGUGAUUCGACUGCUGGUUUUCUUUGUCUUCAGCCGUCGCCGAAACAUCCCUUUCGUCCAUGGCACGCCAGCGGACUUGAAAGACAAGAAAGCAAACCAGCCGACGGUCCCAGAUGCGCAGGCGGACCAGGACUCACCUUCUUAUGUGGUUCUGUUUCGGUUGACAUUCAACGGAGAAGUGCCGCAGUGUAUCGAGCAUUUGGAACAGCAAGAUGAUUUCCUAGCAGAGUGGUUGUUGGAUGCGUUUGAGAACGGACAGCAGCGGGCAUUGGCCGAGCUUUGGCUGGGGCUUGAGGAUCAGAUCCGAUCCCUUGCUGUUUCGAUCGAUUCCCUGGCUGCCGAGGUCCAGCGUCAGGGAAGGCUUCUGGAUCGUGUGCUUGCCUUCAUUGACUUGGAAGGCCUGGACUUUGAAAGGGUUGAGUUGCCCUCUGCUGAAGACCGGGCUUCUGAUCCGGUUGGCACCCUUUCGGUUGGAGAGGAGUCAGCCCGAAAGACUGUGGCUGCCGUUUUUGUGACGGAGCACGAUGGUAAGAUUGUGACAGCGCUGCCGCAUAAGGUUGUUGCCGCUUCGCCGGACGAUCGUGCUCAGCCGGCCGAGUUUUCCUUAAAGAUCUGGGUUGGACUUUUGAGUUCAGGGGUCGCCGACUCUGCCACUUUUGAUGGGCCCGGAAAUGCAACAGACAUCCGAUUCAUGAAUCCCGAGUUCGGGCCCUGUUUUCCUUUUGCCGAGGCCCUGGUGCAGGUUUCGGACUCUCAGUUUGGUUUUGCAACGGCCCCGUCGGCCCCCGAUGUGCAUGAAGCUCGCUUUGCCGCAAUCGAAGCUUCCCUUGCUGCCAUCUCUUCCUCGCUGACUCGUGUGUUAGGGGACGGCCCCGGGCCGAGUGCUGCCGCAAAGGCGCCGACUUCCAAGGUGCGUGCAAAGCCGCCGCCAUCCUUGGGCGCUGUUCCGGGCACCCCUCCUCCGCGAGGAUUGGCCGCUGACGUUCCCGGUGUUGACCCAGCGGUCUUGCGUGCCGCCCGUGAGUCUGGGAUAGGUGCUCGAGAGCUCGGUGAGAUCCAAGGGCUUCUAUCGAGGCAAAAGCGCGGGCUUAGCGACUUCCCAAAGCAGGGUGACAGGGAUCCCGAUGCACGAGGUGGCGCUCUCACGCCCGCCCCUUCUUCUCUCGAUGUGCAGGAAGCUGAGCUUGAGGCCCCGGCUCCCACCAGUCCGAUUGAGGCCGCCGUUGUGAGUCUGACAAAGAUCGUCGGCGAGCUUGCUAAGAGCCGCAAAGCUCUCGAUGCCAAUUCGACCGCCCUGGAGCGUGCUCUUGAUCGUGCUGAAGGGUUUGGUGCGUCUGCCGAGCCGGGUGCUCUGGGUUCUGGGGGCCGUUCCAAGGGAGCUGCUUACCGGCUUCUUCGUGAGACCUUGCUUUCCGACCCGGCCCAGAUUUACACCAGCAUAGAAAACAACCUCGAGGAGGACCUUUUGAACAGGCGUCUCGGCGGUGCUCUUCAGGACUCGAGGGCUACGAGCAGAGCGUGGCUCGAACACCGCUCUCACCUCGGCAACUACCCGAACACCGUUCGCUUGGCCUGGAGUGUCUGCGGCGUGUGGGAUGCUUUGCGUGCUGGCCGCUACGAGGAGGCUCGAUCACGUUGUGCUUUGUGCAUAGCUUGCUGCGACCAGCAGGCUUUUGACAACGGGUCGUGGACCCUUGCUGAGCAGUUCGCACUUGAGGCCCCGCCGCCCCUCUCUUCGUUUGCUGCCAAGCGGCAGUCGGCCCUCGACAACACCGACACCUACCACUCCCGCUUGGUUGAACCGAGGUGGGCGGAAGUGUGUCUUCAUCGAGUUCGCGAGCUCGAAUUGCGCUUGGAGUCGAAGAGGAAGCUUGCUGGGAAAGGUCGGCAGGGAAACCCAGACAGCACUCAGGACGGCCGUCCCGACCGGGCCGACAAAGGUGGGCCAAAGGGCGGCAAGGUUGCUGCCCUGCUCACGCCCAGUGUUUCAAACUCUGCUGGUCCCUUCGGGGACUCCUUCUUCCGGGCUACUCUUGAUGAGAUCCGCCCUGCUGGGAAUCGGCGUGCCCUAGAGUUGGUUGCCUCUGUGCUUGAUUCCCUGGCCGCCGAACCCAUGCAUCGUGUCACUCGUGGCCCCGGCGCUUCCUUUAAAAGUCGACGGUGGCGCGAGCCUUUUGUUUCCUCUGUGCACCGUGCCUGGGAUCGCUUGGCAGCGGCUGUCGCCCUUUGGGAUGCGGCUCCCCCUGUCGAUGCUUCUUCCAUGGGUCGCACUGCAAGCAAGGUCGAGCGUGUUGAGGAGCAGGUUAGAGCUCUUGCCGUCAUAGGCCCUGAUCCUGCCCCUUCUCUUGCUGCGGACCUUAACCUCGCUGAGGACAUCGAGGUCGAUAGGCUCAGUCUUCCGACAGCGCCGCCGCUGUUUGACCCUUCGCCUCUUCUGGAUGACAGCAUGAGGUCCAUCUACCUCUCGCCUUCGGCCCACGCUUGGAGCAUUGAUGAGGCUGCCCAGCCGCCUCCCCGUGUUCAGUUCCGAUCUUCACGAUCAGCGCACUCUGCCUGCGGACUGUUCGCCAUACCAAAGGGGCUGGAGAGCGAUCGGUUGAUCGUCGACGCUCGCCCUUCCAACUUGUGCGUCCCGACUGAUGUUCGAUGGCUCGCCACUAUGGGGUCGGCUGCAGCUCUGCUUCGCAUCGAGCUGGACUGCGAUCAACAGCUUUACCUCAGCGGAGAUGACAUAAAAGAUUUUUAUCACCAGUUCAGUGUUUCGAGGGACCGUGCUGCACACUACCGCCUCGUGGGCAGCUUCGCACCGGGAGAGGUUUCGCCCUUGGCCUGCUUUGAGCCCUCCCUGUGGCGCACUGGGCGUGUGGUCGCUGCUCUGCGCUGCAUGGCUAUGGGCGACUGCAAUGCUGUCUCCGUGGCCCAGGCUGCGCAUGUUGGCUUGAUCCUCGAAUCAGGCGCUGUUGGGUGGCAUCAGCUUCUCACUCAUCGAGGUCCUAUCCUUCGGUCUCCCACGAUGCUCGGUUUGGUGAUCGACGAUGUUAUCGUCAUAGAGAAGGGGCUGCGCUUCCCGAACUUUGCUCCAGCGGCCUCCAACAGCCAUCGCAUAACCCGUGCCCUGCACUCUGCCUACGCCAGAGUCGCUCUGCUACGCCACGAGAAAAAGGCUUUCGCUUUGGAGUCCUCGGUUUUCUUUUGGGGCGCUGACGUGCUCGGCGACGUCGGGGUGGUCAGGCCUGCUUGGACUCGGCUCAUUCCUCUCGUUGGCCUGACUGCUGCCGUCCUCGAGCUUCCUGUGGUGACCGUGUCGCUCUUGGAAACACUAGCCGGGUCCUGGGUCGCGGUGCUUUCUUUCAGGCGGCGGUGCCUCUGCCUUUUGGAGCAGAUUUAUCUUCUCCAGAGGGGAUUGCGCAGUUGCGAUAUUGUUCGUUCCACUGCUGCCCUGCGCGCUGAGCUUUUCCGCCUCUGCGUCCUCGCCCCGUUCUUCAGGACGGACCUGCGAGCCCAAACCAGCGGUCUUGUUGUGGCCACAGACGCUUCUGACCUUCUCGGAGCUUGUGUUGUGACCUCUGCUUCCAAGGCUCUUGUGCGGGAGCUCCUCAGACACGUCCCUGUAAAGGGUUUGUGGAGCAAGCUUCUCUCCCCUUCUGCCGCUUUGCUUCGUCAGCAUUGCCAGCUGGACCCAGAAGCUGAACUGCCUGGAGAAGGCUUUCGCACUUCUCCGCUUUGGACCCUGGUGGUCCGGGCCCUCCGCUUCCGCCCCUUCUCUGUGUUCAAGAGGCAUGCCCGUGACCACAUCAACGUGAAGGAGCUCGACUCCUAUCUUGCCGCUGAGGAGGCUCUGUCUCCUUUCGCUUGGGAGUCCGCUCGCUCUCUUGGCCUUGUGGAUUCCCAAGUUACUCUCGGUGGCCUUUUGAAGGGCCGCUCGAGCUCUUUCUCCUUGAACUCCAGACUCAGGUCUGCGUUGCCUGGGCUGCUUUUCUUCAAUCUCCACCCGCAUUAUUCUUAUGUUGCUUCGGAAGACAAUCCCAGUGAUGAUCCGACGCGGUGCCGCCCUGUGAGGCAGCCCUCCAUCCCCGAGCCCUUUUGGCUCAGGGAAGCCGAGCUCGGGAAUUUCGAGCCUCUCGACCGUUUUCUCUGCGAGAUUGAACGGCACCCUUUCCAAGUGCAGGGCCUGGACGAGCUAAAGGCCUCCUUUGAGAACCGCUGUGGGUCUCCUGGCCUCGUUGGGCCCUCUGAGCCUCCUCCUGAACCUUCUGCUGUACCUUCGCCUGCACCUGCCCCUGGGUUUUCGGCUUUGCCUGGAAGUGCAGUCGGGUUCCUGUUGAGUUUGCCGAGGCGGCAGUUUCUUUGGCCUGCUGGCCAGUGCUUGCCCGUCGCCUCCCGCUUCUCCUCCCCGGGCUACCUGUGCCUGUACGCUGGCAGCCGCGCCGUUGCAAAGGCCGCGCUUGAAGCUGGUUUUCCUUGGGCCCUUACCUUCGACUGGCGUCACGGUUCGGGGCAAGACCUUCUGGACCCUGCUCUGCAAGCAAAGCUGUUGGAUGCCAUCUCUUCAGGUGCGUUUUCUGCCGUGGGCCUCUCCCCUUCCUGCCCCACGCUGAGUGUGUCCGCCUGUCCUGCCUACCGCUCCUUGGACUUUCCUGAAGGCCUCCCUGGACUUUCACCCAGCCACCUUGCGCGUGUCUUGCAGGGCAACAGCCACGUGGACUUCGUCGUUCGUGUCGUUAGGCUGGUUUUAGAGUUAAGGGUGCCCUUUUGGAUCGACAACCCCGACCGGAGUUGGCUAUGGAAGCAGCCUUCUUUGAGGAGUGUGCUCAGCGAGCACAGCGGGUGGGGCUUCUGGGUCUACGACCACUGUGCCUACGGCUUUGCGUGGAAGAAGCGCACCCGAGUGCUAAACAACACGGCCCUCGCUGGGACUAGCUUUCUGUGCCGUGGUGGGCACGAACACCGGGUCCUGAGAGGGCGCGCUCCUGGGAGUGCUUUCGACUGGACGCAGCUUGCAGAAACGCCGCCCCGGAGAGCAUGCUUAGGUCUCGCCAUGGCCCUCGCCGACGCUGCCGCCGCUUCACUGAGGACUGUCAGCAGCUGUGUUCGUGACUCUUCUAAGAGGCUGGGAGAAGCUGACAAUCCGGGUCCGGCCCGGCCGCGACCGAGACGACCUGGGUCACUUUUCGAUGUCGACCUAGUUGAUCGGCAGACGCAGGUGUUGAGGACCCGCGUCUGGGACGCUUUCGUUGGCUGGCUGAAAGAACUGCUCUCUGAGGGUACCAUCCUGUCGCUGUUUUCCUGCCCACCGCUGUUGGCUCUGGUUCUGAGGGACUACGCCGACGAGCUCUACCAAGUUGGAGCUCCUCUCGGGACCUACAGGCAGCUCUUAGCCUAUUCCCAGCGCAGGCUUCCUUUGCUUCGGCCGCAUUUGAAGCCUGCCUGGGAAAUGGCUACAAGAUGGGAGGAACUUCAGCCAGUUCUGCAUAGGACACCGAUGCCUGAGGUGGUGCUGAAAGCCAUGGUCGGAAUCGCUCUGGCCCUAAAGUGGAGUCGCUGGGCCUCUGUUACUAUGGCAAUCUUUUAUGCCAUAAACCGGCCAGGCGAGCUGCUGAAGGCAAAACGGCGACACGUCUUGACACCGACCGACCUUCUGGACCCGAACCAUGGCUGGAUGUACUUCAGGAUAAAGAAGCCUAAGUCGAGGCGGAGAGCGGCCAGGAUUCAGCAUUCGAAGCUCUCCGACCCUGCUGCGCUCCGCUUCCUGACCGCUUUUUUUGAGACUGUGGGCCGCGGCGAGCUGCUCUACCCUGGAAGUGCAGGUGUCUACCGACGACGGUGGGACAGAAUCCUGUCUAUUCUGGGCAUCUCCCCGCAGCUCAAGCUCACACCCGCGUCCUUGAGGGCCGGAGGGGCAAUUGCUGCCUUUCAGCAUGGAUGCUCAGUUCAGGACCUUUUGUGGAGAAUGCGGCUGCGGAGCUUGGCCACUCUCGAGUUCUACCUCCAGGAGAUGUCGGCAUUCUCCAUUUUACCAAAACUGAACGAGAGAACUCGAAAGCGGAUCCUUGCUGCUGCAGCCAUCUAUGAUGGAACGGUCGCUACCUUCCCAGGGCCAUGA